UUAUAGCAGCGAAACAAGUGAUUACCAUUGCCGUGUCUGUUUAGUCGAUUGACUGACUAGCAUCGGUUAUAGUCAGUUGACUGGUUCGUAUCUCUCGAGGGACAAAGGGUAUACAGUAGCGAUGUAUUAUCUGCAGGAGUGGAAAAGUGGAGGAACGUUGGGCACCGUUGGAUCGGAUUGGUCGGCCGAAAGGAGGGACAGCACGCGAAGAUUAGUUUUACACUCCCGUAACGCCGAACUUUAGUUUAGUUGUCAGCAGACCGGAGGACGCGCGGCAUCACGACUCCUGGUUGACGCCGCCUGCCACCUUCCGUUAAGAAAAAUCCUUAGUCAAUUUAUCAUUAACACCGAAGGACGGUAACUCGCGCUCAUAGUGCUAAGAUAAACUGCUACAAUGAGAAGUGAUAUCACGUGAACAAGAGGAAUUACCAAAAGACAGGAAGAGGAGUCAACUCUAACCUCUCUGACAGGCGGUCGACAUCAGGAUAUUUUGAAGAAACGGACAAUCCUAUUUCUCCUCAGACGCGCUUCCUUAGUAUUUGCCACAUAAUUGCAGAGACUAUGCUCUCGUAGAUCACACCUCACGUCAGCAGAGAGUAAUCCCCGGAGAGAAGAGCGAAGCGACGCGAAGAUGAGAUACAAGUAUUUUGCGCACGGAAGCAUCUACACUCAAGGACUCGUCUAAGUAUGACAAGGUAAACGACCCAGAAGACAAUGGCGGACAACACGAUGUUACCAGGCAGCCUUCUGAAACCUCCUGGUAUGUUUUGUCCCCUUUUUGCAUCGUCGAAGAAAGAGUUAAGAUAUUCCGACUUAUACCCGAGACGAGAAGAAGUCAGGCGGCAAGGAGACUAGAUUGAUAAUAGUCGUAGGCCUACUUGCCGUCGCUGUGAUAGCACUGGUAGUCACGCUGACCUUGCAGAUGGCAGUUUUUCACAAGGAGGAAUACAGGGAGAUGUGUCAGAACGAGGACUGUAUAAAAACCGCUGCCAGAGUCAUGGAAGCGAUGAACAGGUCGAUAGAUCCUUGCGUGGAUUUCUACAAGUUUGCAUGCGGCGGAUGGAUAGCGAAGCAUCCGAUACCGCAGAGUCAGACAUCCUGGGAUCAGUUGAGUCUUCUACGCGAGGAGCUGCUCAAGAAUCUAAGAAUUCUGUUGGAGGAACCUGAGAAGGAGGAUGACCUCAAGCCGGUUAAACUUGCCAAGGCACUCUACAGGACAUGCAUGGAUACAGCCACCGUAGAAGCCCUAGGACUGGAACCGAUCUUCGACGUCCUUAAAAAGGUCGGCCUCCCACGCGAUCCUCCCUUGGACGAUGACAUCCCACCUGUAAAUCUUGCCAGGAUCACCGGAGUCGCUCAAAGACUCCUUGGUCUGAAUAUUCUAUUGAACUUUUAUGUAAGCGAAGACGUUCGCGAUACCACCAGGAAUAGGAUGAUGAUGGAACAGGUGUCACCUGGCUUCAGCGAACGUUACCUACUGGAUCCGCAGAGAUUUCAGUCGGAGCUCGGAGAAUACAAGAAGUAUAUAACAGCCAUGGUGCAAUUAGCUGGAGCUGGAGCGAAAAGCUCGGAUUUUGCUGAUGAACUUUUGGAUUUUAGCACAAAACUCGCCCAAAUAAUGAGCACGCCCGAGCAGAGGAGAAGCGUCAAUCAUUUGUUUCAUGACGUCACGAUCAAUGAACUGCAACAGCUUACAGACCUUCACGUGCAACAGUGGAACUGGACGGACUAUAUCGAGGCAGUAUUUGACAAUACAAAUGUCACUAUUGACCCGUCAACCGACCGAGUGAUAAUAAUGGAUUUACAUUACUUGCAAAAACUUCCGCAGCUACUGGCUGUAACGCAUCCAGCUACUGUGGCGCGUUACAUGUGGUGGAGUGUGUACUCAACAGUUGCGCCAUUAACUUUACAAAAGUUUCGCGAUCUGGGUUUUCAAUUUUCGCAAAAGGUCUUUGGGCUUAAAGAGAAAACUCCAAGAUGGAAGGGAUGCACGGGAAAUGUGAAUUCAAAUUUUGGAAUGGCACUCAGUUACAUCUACGUACAGCGACACUUCAAUGAGCACGCCCGCGAGAAGGCGCUGGAAAUGCUUUUGGACGUUAGAGCAGCAUUCAACGAAAUGGUCAGUGAGUUGGAUUGGAUGGACGUAGGGACCAGAGCACGUGCCCACCGGAAGUUACACGCGAUGAGACCAUUCGUCGGAUUUCCUGAUUGGAUCACAGAUCCUAAAAAAUUGGAUAAAUAUUACGAAGGAGCGGAAGUGGUCGAGGGCAGACUCUUUGAGACGUUCCUCAGACUCACGAAUGUAGGCGCUAAGAAGAGUCUGAAUAGUCUGCGAGAGAAGCCUGACAAGGAUCGAUGGAUAUCGACCGGCACGACCGUGAAUGCUUUUUACAGCGCCAUCCUUAAUUCUGUCACCUUCCCAGCCGGAAUUCUUCAUCCACCAUUCUAUGGAAAUGGAUUGGAAUCCAUCAACUAUGGAGCCAUGGGAGCUAUCAUGGGUCAUGAACUAACUCACGGCUUUGAUGAUCAAGGACGAAGGUACGACGAGAAUGGAAAUCUGAGGCAAUGGUGGAGUGAUAAGACACUUGAACAUUACCACGAGAAGGUCGAGUGUAUCAUUAAACAGUAUAGCAACUACCAUCUGCCCGAGCUAGGAAUCAAUUUUACAGUAAAUGGAAUAAAUACUCAAGGUGAAAAUAUUGCUGAUAACGGUGGAAUUCGUGAGGCCUACAGGGCUUAUCAACGACUGAAGGCACGCAUACCUAAUCAGCAAGCACUACCAGGUUUGGCAGAAUAUUCCCGUGACCAAUUAUUCUUCCUGGGAUUCGCACAGGUAUGGUGCGGUAACUAUACGAAUGGAGCGCUAAAGUCAAAAUUAAUCGAAGGAGUGCAUGCGCCUAAUCACUUUCGAGUAAUUGGAACUUUGUCGAAUAAUCGAGAUUUUGCUCGAGCCUGGAAGUGUCGGACAGGCAGUCCCAUGAACCCACCCCAUAAAUGUAUCCUAUGGUGAAUAUGGGAGGGAAAGAAAAAUUGAGCAAUUUAUAACAUUGAACAUGUUGGUACCGUCAGAUCGUAUAUACAUAUGUUUUGAGCAUGAGAUUUCUAGACAGUAUAAUCAGCGUCGAUGGCGUUAAUAGGCCUGAAUAUAACGUGGAAGAAUCAAUUGUAAAUAGGCUGAGUGGUAGGGACUGUAAAUAAUUUAUUACGCGCGUAGUCACUAAGUCUUAGCCUUGUGUUUAUCCUCUUUGUAAAUACUAUACCAAUGGAAGAAAAAAAAGAUAUUAAUCUUCAAAA